UUUCUCUACGUUCGCAACUUGAACGAUGUUCAAAUGUCGCUGCACGGAGAGAGGAAGUUUUUCAACCCGACCACUAUAUCUGCGACAUAAUGACGCUCAGACUAUAAUCGAUCUUUACUCUUGUAAUCUACAGAUUUUAUCUGGCGCGAAAAAAUACAUUUGAUAGCUCGGAAAUAUACAACAAAGCCGUUGCGACCGAAGGGUAUUUCGUAUUCGAGGCUCGCAACAAAUUACGACGCGACGUUGCGUGCAACGACACGCGCUUCGUUCGGUCACGCACGAUGAAUAUGAUAAGGAACAAUGCCGUUCAUCACAUGCCAAUCUACGUCAAGCAUGCAUUUUUGCUGAAUUUGCGUUCAUAUUUCAAACAUUAUCGAUUAUCGCGACACGUUCGAGCGAGAAGACUGUCUCGCAAUAUUUAAUCAAACAUGGCGCCCGACAACUUUAACCUAGUGAUGUCGCGCGAAUCGCUCAGGUGAAACGUACCUUGGCACCUCGGUGCGCUGCAAUAGCUUCGAGAAGCUCUCCUCUUGUUGGAACGAUCGAUCGUCGGUAGCCAUGAAGACCAGUAAAAAUUUCGCCCACGGUUCGUUAUGGGGAGAAUUGCCAGCGCGAGAAAUGCUGAAGCAAGAAGUCAUUACACCGGACAUCAUAGAGAAUGUUUGGCGGCAAGUUAUAGAUGAUUCAAACAAUCCUGAUUGUGACUACCGCAAUGACAGGCAAACUGAAUAUUUACAGUUACCGAUGGGAAAUCUUCAUGUAUUGAACACCAUAAAUCUUCACCAACAACUGCGAACAAUAGAGGAAGGAACUGUGCUUGGAAACAUGACUAUGGUAGAUUCAAAGGAUUCACAGAAUAUGACAGAUUCUAAGAAUCUAUUUCAUUUUCCACCUCAUCAGACAGAAAGAAAUAAAUUUAAAGACUGCUCCACCAUCCAUCAUUUAACACCACAAACAGCGCGAAACCUGUUGAGGCACACUGUGACUAUUUUAUUAGCUCACAUUGGGUUUGAAAGCUCAUCAGACAUAGCUAUAGAAACCAUCACCGACAUUGUGGAUCAUUUUCUGAGGAGGAUGACUCUGCUGUUAAAAGUCGCGGUUGAACAGAAGGAUCACGGAUUUCCUGACACUGUAGAGAGAGUGCUGGUAGAGACAGGUGUGGGAGGAGUGACAGCGCUGCACGACUAUUAUCAGGAAUAUAUUCUGAAGUUCGAAGAGAACAUGAAGAAGAAGGUCGAAGAAAUGAUGGAGAGACAGAGAAUGGUACUAGAUGAAGCUGCUAGUAAACUACAGUUCGAAGAACUGGACGAGUUCGGUAAUGUGUAUCGUGAAGUGCCGACACUUCAAUUGCUCGAUCCAGAAAUGGGCUUUCCGCCCAGCCUGGAUGCUGGUUUUCAGAUGCUCUACAAUCUUGAGCAGGAUGAGUAGGUUUUACGUACGAGCAGGCCAUUGUCGGACAAGAUCAUAAUCUCAGUGCUUCUAGAUUAAACAGUCUGGAAGAGGAGGAAGUGAAUGUGAGAAAUACAACGGGGCAACGAUUCGACGCUUGUGUGGUUGAGAAAAAAUGUUGAGUUAUCGAGACAUGUAAACGCUUUCAUGGGAUGAAAUCACAUGAAACGUAUUCUCAGGAUUUACGUGCUCAUUGUGUCAUCAUUAUAAUAAAAAGAAUCUUGCGCGUUU